AUGAAGCGACAAACAGGCAUCGGAAUCAUACGCCAGGGCGCUGACGGUGGGUCCUCGUACUUUCAGCGACGCGUGCAGCCUGUGUCAUCGACAGCAGCAGCAGCAGCAAUACCUCAACCACAGCAGGCAGGACCACAGCAACCACAACAGGCAGAUCCACCAUCAGACAAAACCGCUGAUGCCAAAUCUUCAGGCCAGUCGGACCAGGCCGCCCGGCUGCACGGACUCAAUGCCAUCGCCGUGCUCACCAACCACCCAAACAAGGCACCCGCGCGCAUACACCGCAAUGAGCUGCCGGCCGUCGCGCGCACACACUACCCCAAGAUAAAGAGCAACGACUUUGACACCUACCUCGAUGCCACCACGGCGCUGUACGAGCAGUACACUGCCAACACAAAGGCCGGCUACCACAUUGCUGCCGACGGGCUCGACCGCUACGAGGCCGCUGUCGAGGAUGCGAGAAGCCACACGUACUCCAUGGACUCGACCACCAUGGCCGAGCGCCUCAAGACGCUGGACGCCACGCGCAGCGAGUUCGGCCUGGAUUCCAUCAGCGAGUACGGCGGCCGCGUGCCCAGCACCGCCGCCAUGCCGGGCAUCGACGAUGUGCCGACCAUUUUCUUUGAAGAGUCCUUUGACCUGCGCGACCCGGCGACUUUUGACAUUGCCACGCAGGUCGUGCUUGGCCCGCAGUCCGCCACCGACGGCCUGUUUGCCCCCGACCGGGCCGAGGCCACCAGCGCGCUCAUGCAGGAAACGCUGUCCGAGUACAUGGACAUUGUCGAGGCCUAUCUAACGCGCGAGAUCUCGCGCCGCUCUCCGGCCUUCUUUGCCGCCCUGUCGACGCUCGAAGAGCUGCAUGCUGAGACCGACCGCUGCAUUGACAACAUCCACGUGCUGCGCGCUGACCUUAAGAGAACCGCCCUCACACAGUGCUCGCCGGGGCUCGAGAUGAUCCGCCUGCGCCGCCGCCAGGACCACCUGGCCUCUGUCCUCUCCGACGUCGAGCUACUGAGCAACUUGCGCCACAUCCAGCCCACCAUUGACGAGCUCGUUGCAUCGGGCGACUGCAUCGGCGCGCUCAACCUCAUCACCGAAGCCCAGGCAAUGAUCGACCCCAACGGCUUGGCCAACCCCAAGCUGAAGGACACCAACGCGUUCAAGAUUCUGAACGCCCACAUGUUGCGCUCUCUCUCCGCCGUGUCAAGCUUUGCCGAGCAAGAACUGGCCGCCAUUGUGUUGCGCGACAUGCGCGAGUUCGUUGACGACGGCCUGUCCAGCACUGCUGACGGGCUGCUCGGCCGCUCGCAGGUCGACAUAUACCAGGUCAACUUGGCCAUGCAGCUGACGCCCUUUGUCUGCGGCCUGGUGCGCACCGGCAGCAUUGCCAAUGCUCUCAAGUCGUACAGAGACUGCCUCAUGUCAGAGUCCGCCGCCCUUAUCGAGGCCCUGUAUCCAAGCGACUUUCCCCGCAGCAAGGCGCACGCUGCCUUCAACGACGCCUCGCAACAGCGCGUGCUGGGCACGGCUACCUUUGAUCAGUUUCGCACGAUGCUGGGCCAGCAGCAAGAGCUGCUUCUGCUGCUCAUCAGCCAUAUCAGCAUGGUGCGCCGCGCCAUCCUGGCUGCCGAUGUGCUGCGCUCGCUCAACGACACAUUUGAUGCGUUCAUGGACGUCGCGCAUGUGCGCUGUGCCAAGCUCCUGAAUCACCGGUCGGAGCAGAACGCCCGCCUAAGCCUGGUCGGCUUCCACUCGCUGUACACGUCCAUCUGGCACUUUAUCACGCAGUACGAGGCCCUGGGCGGCAAAAUGUGCUUUGGCUUGCGCGGCACGCUAACUGCCCAGGCAAAGGCCUUCCUGAGCAACUUUCACACGGAAAAGUCGCGCCAAAUCCAGAUCCUCAUUGAGAAUGACAAUGGCCCUCUUUUGCUGACCUCCUCCUUGCGCUUUGGUAACAAAAAGAACAGCACUGCGUCGCUGCCGUCCGCGCCUGCGCCUGCGCCUGCAUCUGGGCUUGGCAGCACGCCGCUUGCAAACAGCCCACUGGCCCUGAGGCACCAGAACUCAGCCGGACUCGAUGCAGCUUCGAUUCGAUCCGUGGACACCGCAGCCAUCGGGCUGAUGCACAUUGGCGGCGAGGCCUUCCACGUGGUAGGGUGCAGCCUGGUCCUAGUCAAGAGCGUUGUCGAGUACCUGCAGUGCGCGAUCAACAUCCCAUGCUGGCUCGUCGAAGUGUUUAAGGCGUUUAACUCGCGCACGUGCCAGGUAGUGCUGGGCGCCGGUGCCAUGCGGUCGGCAGCAUUGGCGCUGGCGUCCGAGUCGUUGUCACUGUGCAUGGAGCUCAUUCCAUACGUCAAAGAGUGCCUGCGCCACGCCAUGUCUCCCAGCCAGGAAGUUCUUCUGGCACAGCUGGACCGCAUAGUCAGCGACUUUUCGAACCACCAGAGCGAGCUGCACCGCAAACUGGUGGCAAUCAUGGCCGACAGGGCUGACUACCACGGACGCGUGCUGGCAACGACCAAAUGGGAUGAGAUAGAGCACUCAGCCCAGCCUCCUGUGCCGGCCAUGGACGCGCUCGUCAAGGAGGUGCGCAAGCUGCACAAGGUGCUCAAGCGGUACUUGCCACCGCCCGCCCUGCGGUCGAUAUUUGCGCAGAUCUUCAGCAUGUAUGAGACCAAGCUCACCGCGCAGUACCAGAAGAUUCGCAUCACUAGCGGGGAGGGCAAGCGCCAGCUCAUGCUCAACUCACAGUUCUUGCUCCGUCGUCUCAGGGCACUCGACUCGUCGCUAUCCGUGGACUGGGAGCUGGAGGUUGUUGUUAACAAUAUCGAUUUAGUCAAGCCGUACCAGCCGGCAUUGGCUGUUUCGGCAUCGCCGGUCCCCACGAGCCAGUCUCUGUUUAGCCCCACAGGCUCUCAACAGCCUUCCAGCAGCGACCCGCCGUUGUCCCUGGUGUCACCCAUGGCGGACGACGACGAUGACGAAGUCGUCCGCCCCGAUUCUGCCAAUAUGAGCGUGCGCCCGUCGCCGUCGGCACCGCGGUCGUCUCCGUAG